CCACAAAAAGUUCUGUUAUAUAAAAGCGCAAGUAACAAUCCAAUCAUUUGUAUUAAAAAUGGUGGCGAAAGAUCUCGACAAAAUUCUCGAAGAAAAAUUCACUAGCACCUUCCGGAAGGGCUACGUGACCAUCAAUGGUCACAUGUUUCCAAAAAGAUAUGAAGACUUGAAAGAAGGUUUCGACAAUUUGGAAGUGAGUGAGGAAGACGUCUGGAUUUGUAGUUUCCCAAAAACUGGAACGACAUGGACCCAAGAAAUGGUCUGGAUGAUUGUCAACAAUCUGGACUUCAAAGAGGGUGAAAUCAAUUUGGGAAUUCGGUCACCGUUUUUGGAGUUGUCCAUUAUUUUUGACUACCGUGACAUGUUGAAAAACAAUCCGAACUUUGACCCCCCGAUGUUCCUCCAAAACUCUCUCGAAUUCGUCAAAACACUCAAAAGCCCAAUUUGUAUGAAAACCCACCUCCCUUAUGAGUGCCUCCCUAAGGACAUACAAGAGGGGCGUAAAAACCCCAAAAUGAUUUACGUGGUCCGCGACCCCAAAGACACCUGCAUCUCCUACUUCCACCACUGCAAGCUGAUGGAGGGCUUCAGGGGCGAUUUUGAGGAAUUCUGCGAGUUGUUUUUGGCCGGGAAAGUAAAUUUUGGGCCGUUCUGGAAACACGUUCUGACCUACUGGGAGAAGAGAAAUUCGCCAAAUUUUUUCUUCCUCAAAUAUGAAGAUAUGAAGAAAGAUUUGCCGAAAGUGAUAAGACAAGUGGCCCAGUUUUUGGAACGUCCGUUGAGUGAUGAAAAGGUGGAAAUUUUGACCAAACAUUUGAGUUUCGAGUCGAUGAAGAACAAUCCUGCUGUUAACUACGGAAUGGUUUGUGAUUUGAAUAAGAAAUUUAAACUGAUCGAACACGACGGUGCUUUCAUGAGGUCGGGGAAAGUUGGGGGUCACAAGGAGGUGAUGUCCGAGGAAAUGAUCCGGAAAUUUGAUGAUUGGAUUAAGCGAAAUGUUGAAGGAACCGAUUAUGUAAUCUGAUUUGGUGCGAAAUAAAGAGAAAGUUUGGAUUUAAACAAUUUUGUUAACAAAAUAAAAUAAACAAAAAUAAAGUUUUUGAACACA